UGCCGCUUGAUUCCGGAUCAGAGUGAUCCCGCUUGUCAGUCACAGACGAUCUUUGUUCGGCUGGUAUUUGCUCCCCUCCAUCAUCAAACAGAGAAACCACAGAGCGACUGAGCAGCCGAGUGUGUACGACUCCGACAACACUAUAGAAACGCUGGGAUAAUACGCUUUGUUUUUGCGUCAUUUUGGUGGAAAUGUGGACUUGAACGACUACAAUGAAAUUGUAUCAAACGAAGUGCCACGUCUGCGGGAGAAAUUAAAGAAAACAAGGUUGAUGGUUGUGAUGUUGGUCUGAUCUGACCAGCCUCUCUGCUUCAUCACUACACUUCCCAUGGAGCCUUGUACUGACACACACGCUGUUCUACCAUGGAGCCAGCAAUCAGGGUUUGGGACCCAAAGAGCCCGUGAGACAGAAGAGGUCCUGACAUUGUGAUACCAACCCCCACACCUGAACCCCACCCUGUGUGUUCCUCCCUCCAUCCCCUCAUCUCAUCUGCCCCACUCUAUCCACCUUCCCCACCUUCCAUACUACGGCUGUGGAUUUAAGACUUUUUAUCAGGACCUGAGUGGGUUCUCUCAGUCCGAAUCACUGACGAACUGACCCAGAAUCUCCAAAUCCCAAAGAACGGCCCCGUCUGGGCCGAGUUCAGGUCCAGUCUCUGUCCAGUCCUGCUGCAGGAUGGCAGGUCUAACGUUCUGUUUGGCUGUGAUGGCCGCAUCUCUUGUGCUGACGCUCAGAGCUGACGCUGCAGGUCAGAAUCCAGACCAUGUCCUGCAGGGGACAGGGGUGAAACCUGAGGCACGGCGACCUGGCGAGGACUCAACCAUUGCGCCCGAGGACGCCGAGCGUUACCUCAGCUGCUACUGCUCCGGACACUGUCCUGAGGACGCCACCAACAACACCUGCCAGACCAACGGUCAGUGUUUUGCAAUCAUCGAGGAAGACGAGCACGGUGAAGCCAUCCUAACCUCUGGCUGCAUGAAGUAUGAAGGCUCACACUUCCAGUGCAAGGACUCUCCUAAAGCUCAAACCAAGACUAUCGAGUGCUGCAACACAGACUUCUGCAACAGAGACCUGCAGCCCACCCUCCCCCCUCAGGCUCCCCCAGAGGGAAGCCCUCAUUGGCUGGCCUUCCUCAUCUCCAUGAUGGUCUGCUGCUGCACUCUGAUCUGUGUCACCGUCGUCUGUUACUACAGGAACAAGUUGCAGAUGGAGCGUCGGCACUAUCAGAAGGAUCAGGAGCAGGAAGUUUUCAUGACUGGUGUAGAUUCGCUCAAAGACCUCAUCCACCAAUCGCAGAGCUCAGGCAGUGGCUCGGGGCUCCCCCUGCUGGUGCAGCGGACCAUCGCCAAGCAGAUCCAGAUGGUACGUCAGAUCGGGAAGGGGCGGUACGGCGAGGUGUGGCUGGGCCGCUGGAGGGGCGAGAAGGUGGCGGUCAAAGUCUUCUUCACCCGCGAAGAAGCAAGCUGGUUCAGAGAGACCGAGAUCUACCAGACCGUCCUGAUGAGACAUGAAAACAUCCUGGGCUUCAUUGCAGCUGACAUUAAGGGCACAGGUGCCUAUACGCAGCUCUUCCUCAUCACGGAUAACCACGAGAACGGCUCCCUGUACGACUACCUGAAGCUGACAACGCUCGACACGCAGUCUCUGCUGCGGCUGGCGUAUUCUGCCGCCUGCGGCCUCUGCCACCUGCACACAGAGAUCUACGGCACCCAGGGCAAGCCGGCCAUCGCCCACCGAGACCUGAAGAGCAAAAACAUCCUGAUCAAGAAGAAUGGCACCUGCUGCAUCGCAGACCUCGGCCUCGCUGUGAAGUUCAACAGUGACACAAAUGAGGUGGACGUCCCUCUGAGCACUCGGGUGGGGACGAGGCGCUACAUGGCUCCCGAGGUCCUGGACGAAAGCCUCAACAAGAACCACUUCCAGGCUUACAUCAUGGCCGACAUGUACAGCUACGGCCUCGUCAUCUGGGAGAUGGCCCGGCGCUGCAUCACCGGAGGUAUUGCGGAGGACUACCAGCUGCCGUACUAUGAGAUGGUGCCCUCUGACCCCUCCUAUGAAGACAUGCUGGAGGUUGUGUGUGUGAAAGGACUUCGGCCCACAGUGUCCAACCGCUGGAACAGUGAUGAGUGCCUUCGAGCCAUGCUGAAGCUGAUGUCAGAGUGUUGGGCUCAUAACCCAGCCUCCCGCCUCACCAUCCUCAGAGAGAAGACGCUCGCCAAGAUGGUGGAGUCCCAGGACAUCAAGAUCUGACUUCCCUCGUCCUCAUCCUCGUCCUAUCACCGCCGUCAGACUCACAUGAACCAGAACACACUCAGCCUGUUCGAUCAGACUGUAAUCGGCUCCCCCAGCCUCAGAGCAUCAACCUUCAUCAGGAGGAAGAAGGAGAGGAGGAGGUGAUUAAAGGACCCCCUCUGAGGCUGAACUGUGCCCUGCCCCUCCUCCUCCUUUUCCCUCUUCCUCCAUCUCCUGUCUGUCUGUGGCCUGGAAAUAAAACAUGGAGUCCUUCCUCCUCCUCCCCCUCCUCCUCCUCCUCCUCGCCCUCCUAGCUUGUAGGUGGCGAGACAGACAGUUUGACGCUUUCUGUGAAAGCCAAACGAGACAGUUAUUUUAAAGACGACUUCCUUUCAGAGGGGAAGGCAGGAGGGGUGAAAUGUCUGACGUUUAUCGGGAAGGAACCCAGAAAAGUUUCAAAAACUAUUUUUCUUUCUUUUUUUUUUUUAAGGACCCGCCUGGCCCAGCCUUCAUCCACUUCUGCCUGUUUCAAAUGCCAAUUUACUUUGUUGCUGUUGUUGUUACUUUCUCUUCAGGACUGAGUUCUCCUGCCAUAUUGAAAUAUAUCUCCACUCUGAAAGUAGAGUUAAUUAUAAAGAAAAAUAAGGUACUAUAUAAUAUGUGAAUUUAAUGUGUACAUAAAUGUUAUCAUUGGAUGCCGUGCCUACUCAUAAGAUUUGAAAAACCAGAACACUAUGCUGCAGUGGUGUCGACGUCCAGCCGACCCCAGGAGAGGAUGGGGUUGCCAUGGGGACGUCUCCCGUCCUGUCUGUCUGUCUGUCUGUCUGUCUGUCUGUCUGUCUGUCUGUCUGUCUGUCUGUCUGUCUGUCUGUCUGUCCACGUGUUGGUUUAUGUCUGUCUGUCGCUGUCAAAGAGGUGGAGCUGCUCUGAUGUCAGGACAGAAAUAUCACUGGUUGAGUUAAACCUCAGUGGGUGGAGCCAAAGGAAGUGUCCAACCUGAACAUGAAUCUGAACAUGAACCACAUAAUGAUGUUGGUUUAGUCAACACAUCAAGUCCUUCAAUGUCAAGAAGGUAGUUAAUAUGUUCACUUUUCUGGUGUUAUUUCAACCCUUGGCAAAAAAUGAAGGGAUCGCCUUUAUUCUGAAAUUCUCUAAAGGUUUAGAUUUAUAUACACACAGCAAAAAAAAGUUAAAAGAUAGAGCAGCUCCAAUAAUAAAGAUACAACGAUGGUUAAAGCUGAGAAUAUUAUUAGAAAAAUAAUGCUGAACACAGAAAUAUUUUUUUAUAUGGAGGAAAAAAAUGUAGAUAUUUGAAUAAAUGUUUGAUGUUCAAGCCGAAAUUUCAAAAUCUAAUGGUUCACUUUUUUAACAACUUGUCUCAAAGUAAAGGAACAAUGUUAAUAAGUCAGAUUUAAAAUCAAUCAAAUUUUGAUUUCUAAGUGUUUCUGAUCAACGCCAUGUUCUAAAUGAAUCUUAAUGUUACAGUUUUCAGUCACAUCUGAAAUAAAUGUAUUAGUUAAAUACAUGGAUAUGUGCUCAGUAGAUAAGUGGGUAAUCUCAGGGUUGUGGAUUUGAUCCCUGCUCCCCGUGUUUGCUUCAUGAAGUGUCCCUGAGAGAAACACUGAGCCUCAAACUGCUCCUGCUCUUAAAGCAAGCUGAAGCUUAUUUCUGUGAAGCUGUUUGAACCUGCAGUCAGGAUGCUUCCCCUUUAAUAUCUAAACUUCAUCCAACAUAGAAGAGGGUGAUCAUUUUGAUUUGCCAGUCCAGACUUUUCAUCUCAUCAGGUUCAUUUCUACAGAUGGAAAAAGUCCAGCUUUCUCAUACCAUGCUAGAUGUUUAGUUGGACUGUUUGAACGUGUAGCGCUGCUUACAUAACAAAUCAUCAAAUCUAGCCCAGACCUUCUCCCUUUCAGGUCUCUGUUAUCACUCAGAUGUCCUUAAUUAAUAAGAAGGUUAACUUUGGCUCCUCCCACUGAGGUUAACUCGUCCAAAUAUUGGUUCUGACAGUUUGUAGAACUGAGUGUACUGUUUUAAACGACUGUCUUUAUAUCCUUUUUGGUCUUCCUACAGCAUUAAAAUCAGCGAACUGUUGCAGAUGAGAAACUUCCUUGUUAGAAAUAUUUGGAAGAAGGAUGGAGUGGCGUUAGCCUAGCUUAGCACUAAGACUGGAAGCAGCUGAAGGUGUUUGAAAGUACAGUGAAAAAAGAAGAAAUCAUCACGUUCAGUUUAUUGAACAAGUGUAAAAAAGAAAUGUCAAAUGAGAUUGUGAUUUUAUCAGAAGUUAUCGAGCUAUCUGUUUUCCUAUGGUUUUUGUGCUAAGCUAGGCUAAACACUCUUAUUCUCUCUUUACUGGACACUAAAGAAAUGUCGGGCUGUUCCUUUAAAUCUCUAGUUUUCUCCACAGCAGCAGAAUGAUGUGCGCAUGUUGGCCCGGGUGCAAGUGUGGUGAGUGUGUGUGUGUGUGUGUGUGUGAGUGAAGCUAACUGUUCAUACAUUAGCUAUUUAAGAGCAGUAACUUAGUGUAUUUCUCUGUAAUAAAUAUGCAAGAAAACAACUCCCCCAUAUAGGAAUAAUCUCUAAUAUGUAAAUCUUUAAUGUUUUAUUUUUUGGUGUUGUUUUGUACAGCAUCUGGUUCGGUGCCUUAUGAGUUUACCAAGGAAAUGAAAACUGUAUACAGUCUGUCCAAUGUAACGAUUUUUAAGUAAAUAACCUUAUUUUAGUACACAAA